GUUUGCUCCUGACCCUUACCUCCUUCGUCUCAUCGCCGUCGGCAGCGACCAUGAACGCGCCCCCAGCGCCCCCGUCCGUCCUGCAGACCCCCGGCUUCGCUCAUUACUCGCUCGCGUGGUCGCCGUUCCACAACAACCGCAUUGCGCUUGCGUCGUCUGCGAACUAUGGCCUAGUGGGCAACGGCCGUCUCCACCUCGUCUCGCUGCAUCCUGGCCCCGGAGGGCUGCCUGCGCUCUCGCUUGACAAGUUCUAUGACACUCAGGACGGUCUGUACGACGUCGCGUGGUCUGAAAUGCACGAGAACCAGCUCGUGAGCGCCUCGGGCGAUGGAUCGCUUCGACUAUGGGAUAUCACGUUGAAUGAUCUACCCAUCCGUGCUUGGCAGGAGCACACGCGCGAGGUGUUCUCCGUGGACUGGUCAAAUAUUCAGAAGGACAUGUUCGUUUCCUCUUCGUGGGAUGGUACAGUGAAGCUGUGGUCGCCAGAAAGACCACGUUCCAUAACGACUCUGCAAGCACACCGUGCCUGUGUCUACCAAGCUCUCUUCUCACCCCAUCAGCCCGAUACAAUCGCGACCUGUUCCACAGAUGGUACCCUCAGGAUCUUCGAUCUUCGUUCGCCUUCCUACGUCCCCUCGGGACCCGGCGCGGACCAGAGCGCCUUCGUCGCCCCCGUUACCGCCGCAGCUCUCACCGUGCCCGCGUCCGGCACGGAAGUGCUCACGCUGGACUGGAACAAGUACCGCCCGUUCCUGCUCGCGAGCGCGGGCGUCGACAAGGCGAUCAAGGUAUGGGACUGCCGGAUGGUUAAGCUUGGCGCGGAGGGCGCACGCGCGGGCGCGGUUGGGGGUGUGUGCGAGACGCAGCUGCUCGGGCAUGAGUAUGCGGUGAGGAAGAUCCAGUGGAGCCCUCACCGGCCGGAUGUGAUUGCGAGUGCGAGCUAUGACAUGACGUGUAGAGUGUGGAGUACGACUCCGUCGCCGGCGGGAUCGCACCUGUUGUAUAUCCACGACCCGCACACGGAGUUCGUCGUCGGAUGCGCUUGGUCGCUAUAUAACGAAGGCAUACUCGCGAGCUGUGGAUGGGAUUGCAAGCUCAAUGUAUUCCGUGUAUGAAGCUAACAAGAUGACUUAUAUAUUAUCCGCCGUAUCGCAGACAGGCUGAUCCUUUCAUCGUUGC